ACGUGGACAUUUCUGUUGAACACGUUAAAAUUCUAGUGUUGUCAGUCUCGUUUGAAUACGGUGUCACGUAUUGUGUGCUAUCAGAUUUCUGUAAAAAAAAUGACUGCAAGUUGGGAUGAGAUUAAGAAAUUAGCUGCCGAUUUUCAGAAAGUUCAAGAGAGUUCAACUCCGCAACAACUUUCAGAGCGUAACUGUGUGGAAAUCAUACAUAAGUUGACGGAAUCCAAACUUCUUGAUAUCAUUUUUACUAACGAUGGCAAGGAAUAUGUUACUCCUCAACACCUGUGCACAGAAAUCAAGGAUGAGUUGCACGUACAUGACGGUCGUAUCAACCUGGUGGAACUGUCAAAAAUACUUAACGUCGACUUGUCACAAAUCUCUAGAGCUGCUGCUGAAGUAGUCAGGCAGGAAAAAGAUGUUAAAAUUAUUUUGGGACAACUCAUUGAUAAAAGUUAUACGGCUAAAGUUGCCAAAGAGGUCAAUGCUAGACUGAGUCAGCAAGGGUGUAUUAGCAUGGCCGAUUUGACAAUUAAUUAUAAUUUACCUGCUGACUUUUUGCAAUCAACAGUGGAAAAGGAAUUGGGUAAAACAGUGUUUGCUAAACAGGAUAUACUAGAUCCCAGGAUAUUCUACACAGAAGAGUUUAUAACAAAAAAUAAAGAUAAAAUUAUGGAGGUUUUAAAUGCUAUUUCAAAACCCACAACGAUAUCGGCCGUGUUAAAUUCUUGUUCAAUUUCCGAAAGAAUAUUUUUCUCGAUCAUAGAAUGUUUACAGCAGGCACAAGAAUUACCAGGAAUUAUAACUGGGAAACAGAGUGGACAAUCUAUGUACAUUCCGAAUGUGUAUUCAAAGACUCAAAGCGAAUGGGUGAACAAUUUUUAUAAACAGAAUGGCUACCUAGAAUAUGAUGCUCUCACGCGGCUUGGUAUCUCUGAUCCGCAGUCAUUUGUACGUCGCCAUUUUGCACAUGACAACUUAGUGCUGCUAGAUUCUGUAGCAGUGGGUUCUGUGAUUACCGACCAAGUAGAUGCAAAUGUAGAAGAAAUUAUAUCAACUUCAUCCUAUGUUGAUAUUUACCCUCUUCUCCCAUCGGUAUUCUGUCCAGAAGAUGCUGAAAGCCUCUUGAAAGCAGCUGCAGCCAGGACACGAACCAACAUUCACAUUUUUGCCACUACAGUUGCGAUAUCUGAUGGAUUUUUGCAGAGCUUAGAAAAAAGUCUCCGGUUAGUGGCAGAAGAAAAAGCUAAGAAAGCAGUAGAUAGUGGUGCUUGGCUUCAGUUCGUUGCUGAGAAAAAAAUGAAAUCUAGAUCAACCGAGAACAAUGACACAAAAGCGGAUAAAAAAGAGGAACGAAGGAAGAAAGCAGCUGGUGGUAAAUCUGGUGGUGGUAAUCAAGGCCGGGAAACUAAAACUAAGUCUACGAAAAAGAAAUUUCAUCAAGGAAAGGUUCAAGAGCUAAAUGAUUCAGAUGAUGAGCAUUCAGUUCAGAGUUCUGGAAAAGCUAAAUUUACAUUUAUAUCAACAAAAGAUAUAGAAGAAGAACUUAAUAAAGAUGAAAAUUUAGCUUGUAAUGAAGACCUUAUAAAAGACUUAGUUGAAUAUUUACAACCGAAAUUAAAUUCGCAAGCCAUGUCUAUUGUAGAGAAUUUAAUGCAAUCCAGUAAAAUAACUAAUUUUAAUGAGAUUGAAGAACGAUUAAAUAUGCAGGCAUCAAAUAUUAAGAUAUUUGAGAAGGGAAUCAAGCAUUUGGAUAAAGCUUCUCAAGGUAUUAUGACAAAGUACUUGUUGAAAACAUUAGGUACUGAUUUUGUCUCAGACGUAUUCAAAUUAGCUGCGCAGCAAAAUUGUUUACAAUGCCCUGCAAAUCUUACAAACGAAGUGAGGCAAAAAAUCUUAAUGGACUUACCACCAGAUGUGGCUGAACCAUUGACACGUCUGAAUAAAUCUUUGACUAGCAGUACGGUAGAAGAUUUGUUAAAUGCAGCAGAUUCUGCCUUAGCAUCGUGUUGUUUAGUUCUAAAGAAAUUUGAUAAAAAGAGAGAAAAGGCAAUAGUGGUUGGUCAUCGUGAAGCAUUGUUGGAUCAGUUGAAUGCAACACAAGAUCCAGCAUUAACGUUACACUUAGUAACAAGUAUUCUCUUCACAGCUGUGACACAAAGUGUUUUACACAUGUCAGGCAGGCAUGUUCAUUCAGUGCUUGCAUUCCUUCAACCUCAAAUAGAAGCUGAAGUGGCGAAAACACUUUCGCGGUAUCAUGAUCUGGUGCUGAAAUUACUGAGCACUUCGGACAAUGAAGAAAAAGUGAAGGUUUCAGCAGACCUUGAAGAAGGACAACAAAAAGUUAAAGAUAUAGCCCAUGAUUGCAAGAAACAAAUAAAAUUGGAUAGGUCUCAUGACUAAAUUAUACAAUUCACCGUUUAAUGGAACAUUAUUGUGAUUGUAAUUUUAGCUGUUAAAAAUGUCACAAGUAUAUAAAUAUGUUGACAAACGUUAAGUACAACUUAGGAUGGUAAAAGAAUAAUUAAAAUAGUCAUCGAAACUUAUGUACUAACAUUUAACUUUAUUGAUUAAUGUUUGCAAUAAUGUAAAAAGUUUUUUUCAAGAUAAACAUUAAAAAGAAA